AACUCCAUCAUCAUUAUGAUUAUUAUUAUUUUCAUUAGAUAUCGUCAAAUACUGGAAAAAGCCAUUCAGCUGUCGGGUGUAGAACAACUUGAAGCUUUGAAAGCUUUUGUAGAAGCAAUGGUGAACGAGAAUGUCAGUCUAGUGAUCUCACGUCAGCUGCUGACAGAUUUCUGUACCCAUCUUCCAAGUCUUCCUGACAUCACAGCCAAAGAAAUUUACCACUUCACCUUGGAAAAGAUACAGCCUAGAGUUAUUUCAUUUGAAGAGCAGGUUGCUUCAAUAAGGCAACAUCUUGCAUCAAUCUAUGAGAAAGAAGAAGACUGGAGAAAUGCAGCACAAGUAUUGGUGGGGAUCCCUUUGGAAACAGGGCAAAAACAGUACAAUGUAGAUUAUAAACUGGAGACCUACCUGAAAAUUGCCAGGCUGUAUCUGGAGGAUGAUGACCCAGUUCAAGCAGAAGCUUAUAUUAAUCGAGCUUCCCUGCUUCAGAAUGAAUCAACUAAUGAACAGCUGCAAAUCCAUUAUAAGGUUUGCUAUGCUCGGGUUCUUGAUUACAGAAGAAAGUUCAUUGAGGCUGCCCAAAGAUACAACGAGCUCUCCUAUAAGAGCAUAGUCCAUGAAACUGAGCGACUGGAGGCAUUGAAGCAUGCUUUGCAUUGUACUAUUUUGGCAUCAGCAGGACAACAGCGUUCUCGCAUGCUUGCUACACUCUUCAAGGAUGAGAGAUGCCAGCAGCUUGCAGCCUAUGGGAUCUUGGAGAAAAUGUAUCUUGACAGAAUUAUCCGUGGAAAUCAACUGCAAGAGUUUGCAGCUAUGCUAAUGCCUCACCAGAAAGCAACUACAGCUGAUGGUUCUAGUAUCCUGGACAGAGCUGUUAUUGAGCACAACUUACUAUCUGCAAGCAAACUUUACAACAACAUUACUUUUGAAGAGCUCGGGGCAUUACUAGAGAUCCCUGCAGCUAAGGCAGAAAAGAUAGCUUCUCAGAUGAUAACUGAGGGUCGCAUGAAUGGAUUCAUUGAUCAAAUUGACGGAAUUGUUCAUUUUGAGACUCGUGAAGCUUUGCCAACUUGGGACAAGCAGAUUCAGUCACUGUGUUUCCAGGUUAACAACCUGCUGGAGAAGAUAAGUCAGACAGCCCCAGAAUGGACAGCGCAGGCAAUGGAGGCCCAGAUGGCUCAGUGACUGUGCAGCCAUUGUCUGAAUGGAGGCAAUCAACUGCCUGCUGUGCUGAAAGAAGGGAACUGAGUAGGACUGUGAACCAAACAAAUAACUCACCUUCAUUUCCCCACCUUCUGCUUUCACUCUGGCUUAGGACACAGUUAGGUGAUACCAUGUUUGGUGUGACAGUCUCCCAGUUCUCUGAGCACAGAAUGAUGCUGCCUGUGCAUUGCACUCUGCUGUCCUGAAAGCUGGGGUUUCCACGUAGAAGAAGCUGUAAUGUCUGCAGCAAGCUUUGGUUUUGGUUUAUUUAAUUUUUUUUUUCCCACUGUAUUGCUAUAGCUUUGUAGCCCAUUACUUCCUAUGAUGCUUGUCUGCUGUGAAAAAUAUAACUGCCAUGUUUCUUUUAGUUGUAAUUAUUCUAAUAAAGGCUGGAAUGAGCCACUUGGUUUAAGUG